AACAGAUUUGUCCUAUUAAAAAGCCGCAAGUGAAGCUUUUAAUUCUCUUAUUACAUGGCUUCUCUCUGAACUUUGAUUCAUUCUCCACUACAGUCUAAAUCUAACAACAGCUAAACGAUGGAGGGAGGUGAUCACCUUGCCCAUGAAAGAAACAAAGCAGAGUUCGAUGUCAACGAGAUGAAGAUCGUCUGGGCCGGUUCUCGCCACGCUUUCGAGGUUUCAAACCGGAUGUCCCGCCUUGUCGCCAGUGAUCCGGUCUUUGACAAAAGCAAUAGAGCUGUAAUGACUAGGAAAGAGUUGUUCAAGAACACGUUGAGAAAAAGCGCUCAUGCUUGGAAGUUGAUCAACGAGCUUCGUCUCUCUGAUGAGGAGUCAGUCAUAUUUAAAUAUUUCAUGGAUCAACCUGGCUUCUUGGAUCUUCAUUGGAGAAUGUUUGUGCCUGCAAUCAAAGGACAAGGGACAGAGGAACAGAAACAAAAGUGGUUGCCUCUUGCGAACAAGAUGCAGAUAAUUGGAUGUUAUGCUCAAACUGAGCUUGGUCAUGGCUCUAACGUUCAAGGCCUUGAGACAACCGCUACUUUUGAUCCUCAGACAGAUCAGUUUAUCCUUCACAGUCCAACUCAGACAUCAUCCAAAUGGUGGCCUGGUGGUUUGGGAAAAGUUUCUACUCAUGCUGUGGUUUAUGCUCGUCUUAUAACCAAUGGCAAAGACCAUGGUGUCCAUGGAUUUAUCGUGCAACUGCGUAAUUUGGAUGAUCAUUCUCCUCUUCCUGGAAUAACCAUUGGUGAUAUUGGUGUGAAGUUUGGAAACGGAGCAUAUAACUCGAUGGACAAUGGUUUUCUUAUGUUUGAUAAGUUUUGUAUUCCUAGAGAUCAGAUGCUCAUGAGGCUGUCAAAGGUGACAAGAGAAGGAAAAUAUGUACCAUCAGAUGUUCCAAGGCAACUGAUGUAUGGUACUAUGGUGUCUGUGAGACAGACUAUUGUGUCAAAUGCUUCCGUUGCGAUGGCUAGAGCAGCAUGCAUAGCUACAAGGUACAGUGCAGUGAGAAGGCAGUUUGGCUCACAGAAUGGUGGAAUUGAGACACAGGUGAUUGAUUAUAAAACUCAGCAGAACAGGUUGUUUCCUCUGCUGGCAUCUGCAUAUGCAUUUCGGUUUGUAGGAGAGUGGCUGAAAUGGUUGUACACUGAUGUAACACAAAGACUAGAAGCUAGUGAUUUCGCAACGUUGCCUGAAGCUCAUGCAUGCACUGCAGGAUUGAAGUCUAUGACUACCUCAGCAACCUCUGAUGGUAUUGAAGAAUGUCGCAAGCUAUGUGGUGGACAUGGCUACUUGUGGUGCAGUGGCCUUCCUGAGCUGUUUGCUGUUUAUGUCCCCGCUUGCACUUAUGAGGGAGACAAUGUUGUGUUGCAAUUACAGGUUGCUAGAUUUCUGAUGAAGACAGUUGCACAGUUGAGUUCUGGAAAGGCUCCUGCUGGAACAACUGCUUAUAUGGGCAGGGCAAAACAUCUUUUGCAUUGCCAUUCAAGCAUUAGAAAGGCUGAGGAUUGGUUAAACCCUGCUAUGGUGUUGGAAGCUUUUGAAGCAAGGGCUUUGAGAAUGGCUGUUUCUUGUGCUAACAAUCUGAGUAAGUUUGAGAAUCAAGAACAAGGAUUCUCUGAACUAUUGGCUGAUCUUGUUGAGGCUGCUAUUGCACAUUGCCAGCUGAUUGUUGUUUCCAAGUUUAUAGCCAAACUAGAGGGAGAUAUCAAAGGAAAAGGAGUGAAGAACCAGCUAAAGAAUCUAUGCUACAUCUAUGCACUCCAUCUCAUUCACAAACACCUCGGAGAUUUUCUAAGCACUAACACCAUCACUCCUGAACAAGCCUCACUCGCCAACAACCAGCUUCGGUCACUCUACUCCCAGCUUCGACCAAACGCAGUCGCUCUCGUGGACGCAUUUGACUACACAGACCACUAUCUUGGCUCUGUGCUGGGCCGCUAUGAUGGAAACGUUUACCCAAAGCUGUUUGAGGAAGCAUUGAAAGAUCCAUUCAAUGACUCGGUGGUCCCUGAUGGCUACCAUGAAUACAUCCGACCGUUCAUUAAGCAGCACCUCCGCUCAGCUAGACUCUAACUCCUGAGCCAUGAGGUCAUUUUGAAGUUUGACAAGCUCUUUUUUUUUUGCGGCUGAAAGGGAGACAGCAUUAUUUUGGUUAUUUCAUAUUUUAUUAAAUGUAAAAUAAAGAAGUACCUUAAGUUAUCUGAGGACUAUAUUAAUAUCUUAAAAGUUUGCGUAAG